GCUCCUUCAGUGUCCGGAGCUCCCGCCUCGAUGGAAUCCGAGCUGCUGCAGUCGCCCCUCCUGGGGCUGGGGGAGGAGGAUGAGUCGGACCUGACGGACUGGAACCUGCCCCUGGCCUUCAUGAAGAAGAGGCACUGCGAGAAGAUCGAGGGCUCCAAGUCCUUGGCGCAGAGCUGGAGGAUGAAGGACAGGAUGAAGACUGUUAGUGUUGCCUUAGUUUUGUGCCUAAAUGUCGGCGUGGACCCUCCUGAUGUGGUGAAGACCACUCCGUGUGCCCGCCUGGAGUGCUGGAUAGAUCCUCUGUCAAUGGGUCCUCAGAAAGCUCUGGAAACCAUUGGUGCGAAUUUGCAGAAGCAGUAUGAAAACUGGCAGCCACGAGUAAGUAUUCCUGGGGCUUCCCCUGUGAGCUGCAGGCAUGGUGCUCCUCCAGGGCUGGUGCUCAGCUCAGAUUGAAUCCAAGCUGCAUAC